AUGUCUUCCAAGGAGAAAAAGCGCCUCCGAGAUCGUCGCUCACAGCAGACUCUCCGCGAAAAGAAGUUGCGACAUGCAGCUCAGCUCGAAGAACGGGUGGCGUACUGCGAGCAGCAUCACAGCGACCAAGGCGUACAACGGCUUCUCCAAGUAAUCAAUGGGCUCCGCCAGCAAAAUGAAACUCUUCUCACGCGUCAAAAGAGCUUAAAGUCUCUCGUAAACUCCUGGGAGACAGAACUGGAUGAGCCAGGCUCCGUCAAUGGCCCCAGUCAUGGCUUGUCAUCGCUGUAUGAGGAGAUAAACGACCGAGAAGCCCAACUCGCCCUCCAGACAAACUUCAAUGAAUCAAUACCCCCCCAGCACGGGAUAAACAGCCACCUCAACACCCCCAUAUCCGCUGCAUCAACUCCACCAAAUAUGCAAUCCCCAUCUCUGGAACCCCUUUCCGCUGAAAUCACACCUCUGUGGAAACAAAUCCCGCCACACACUGACGACUUCAACACACGAACCAUGAUCUCGUGUCCGUGGCUCGUCGACCCAGAACUGAUACUCCCCUGUCCAGACACCCCAAAUUCCCCUUUAGACCUCCUGUAUGGCACGAAAACAAACGCGCUAGCAGACAUGAUCCACACGGCCCUGCAACGCCGCCCAAUCCGCGAUCCAGAGAGAUUGGGUACUGGCUGGCUGACUUACCACUUCUCGCGAUGGGUCAUCGCGCCCAGUCCGGAGACUUAUGCGCGACUACCUGUCUUCCUCCAGCCUGUACAGGGCCAGAUGGCGAUCCCGCAUCCUCUUGUGUUGGAUUUCAUGCCGUGGCCAAGGAUGAGGCUCAACCUGAUUCGACGAUGGCAUUUAUAUGCCAAGGACAGGGAUUACCUGUUUGGGCUCCUUGCUUGUUGUGUUAAGCUUCGAUGGCCUUGGAAUGAGAAAAUUCUUGAGCGGGAUGAGCGGAAUGAAUUGUGUAUUAAAAAGGCGUUUUAUGAGUUGUUCACGAGUGAAAGUGGGUGGGGGCUUACGCCGGACUUUAUUAGACGGUAUCCUGAUCUUGUGGAGGGGAUGGAUAUCAAUCAAAUUGUGAUUGAGCUUUUGUAA